AUGGCGAGAGUGGCAGAGCUUGCUGAAUCAGCAGCUUGCAGCAGAUCCAGAGGUUUGAUUGCUCUAUGCCUGUUGUGUUGGGCAAAGCCAGCAUGCGCAUUCUUCGAAGAAAUUUUCGGUGGAGGUGGGCAAUUCCAUUUCGAGAUGGGUGGAGGCAGGCGAGCACCUGAGCCAGUGCAGUGGCCUUCGGGGGUGUCAGACGAGGUGUCGAAGACAAUGUCCUGGUUAAAGGGAACUGAAUGGCAGUGGAACAACGAUGGUUUUACGCUGAAGCUGACGCGUGAUCAAGAGAUUGACGCACCCAUCCAGCAGAAGCUGACGCUCACGUUCCACCGCAUUUUCGACCACGAGGCUGUAGAUUUGGACAAGGACUUGUACCAGGUUUUGGGAAUUCCAGAGGAUGCAGAUGAGGCCACUAUCAAGAAGGUCUACAGGAAGUUGUCCAUUCAGUAUCACCCAGACAAGAGUCCAGAUGAAGCGUCAAAGGCAAAGUUUGCGGAAAUCAGAGAUGCGUACGAGGUCCUGAAUGACCCUGACAAGAAGAUUCUCUAUGAUACAGGCGGAAUGGCCUCGGUGAAAGAGGCCGAGAAGGGCAAAGUCGAAUCAACCGGCGACAUGCAUUCAGCGGUUUGGCCAAAUAUUAGGGCCAGGUUGCUGGAAAAAAGGCCUGGAACAGCCCGUUUUAUAUGA